AUGAUUCUCUGUGUCCUUAUUUACAUGCUUUUCAACAUCUCAGGUGCACAAGAUGUCCAAACAGUCAGUCAAGUGUCUGUCCAGGAAAGAAGAUCUAUCGUAAUCCCUUGUUGGUAUAAUCGUGCUUAUGUAAAUAAUGUUAAAUAUCUGAGUUUUGGAGAUCACUGGACCUUUAGUAAAUACAUAGAGUUUUCAGAUGGGAGAGAGAAACAUGAGACAGUUUCUGUCUCAGAUAACAAAUCAACUAGCACUGUGAGUAUUGACAUGAGGAAUAUUCAGCAGAGCCAAAGUGGGACGUACUGGUGUGCGAUUGAUGGACCUAGAUCUCAUAUUCAGAAUGGAUUCAACUUAAAGGUCACAGCAGGUAUUGCUGGUCUCUAUGUUCAGGAUCAGAUGCUGGCUGGUUUUGAAGGCGGCAGUGUUACCGUCGCCUGCUAUUAUCAUUUGCCUAGGAAAACUGGUAUAAAGUGGUGUAAGCUUGCGGGGAACUGUGUGUUAGAGCCAGGUGGGCUCUUGGAUGGGGCGUCAGUGGAGAUCAGGAACAGUAAUGGAGUGGUGAGCGUGAGCGUGAGCCGACUGAGGAAGGAGAACACGGGAUGGUACUGGUGCUCAGUGAGGGAACUACAAAUGCCUGUUCAUAUCACUGUCUCUACAAGAGAAGAAACCUCUGCCAGCACACCCGAGACAACCUCCAGCCAGCCCCCGACAACCAGCUCUGUGAAAUCCACAGGAAGCUUCACAUCUGCUCAAAUGCCUCGACUGCGAUGA